AUGGAGAAAAGCGGAGCCCUCGACCAGGCAUUGAUGGAGGACAUUGCGCGCCAUUGUCCCCAGCAGUUUCUUGCCUUCCACAAGUGUAUGAGCAACGGCGGAACCGGAUGUGAUAAAGAGCAGUUUGAGUUGGCUGGGUGCAUCAAACAGCAAGUGCCUUCAUUCCAAAAGAUCCAGGGCGAAUGUGCCGCCAAGUUGAAGGAGUACGAGUCGUGCUUGAAGGGGACCGAAGACUGUUCCAGCCAGUUGUUGGAGUUGAGGAAGUGUGCUACUGGCACCAUAGAAGGGUAG